AUGGGGAGUAAAAAGAAGAGUUUGGCAAGGAAGAACUAUCAACAUGUUCUCGCCUUCAUUUUUACUGUUGAUGAGAUCAACAAAGAUCCAAACCUCUUACCUAAUAUCACACUGGGCUUCCGCAUUUACGACAGCCUCUUACAAGGAAGAUCAAAUUAUGAUAUCGCUCUGUCCCUGCUGUCCACACAAAAUGCAAACAUCCCUAAUUUCAAUUGUGGAAAGCAAUACAAGAUGUCAGCAGUUGUCGGGGGACUUAGCUCUGAAGCGUCCAUCCAGGUGGCUACCAUCUUAGAGCUCUACAAGAUCCCCCAGCUCACUUAUGUUCCUGUUCAUCCAUCACUGACUAAUAAAAUUAAGAUUCCUUUUUUUUACCAAAUGGUUCCAAAUGAAGCCAUGCAGUUUGAAGGAAUAGUGCAGUUGAUAAGAUAUUUCAAAUGGACAUGGAUCGGCCUUGUUGUUUCAGAUAAUGACAGCGGAGAAGAGUUUGCACAAACUUUUACCCCACUGCUCAGUAAGAAUGGGAUUUGUGUUGCCUUCACAGAGAAAGCCCCGAUACUCUUGCUCACAAACUUUAAUGGCUCUACCACAAAUAUAUUUUCGAAGGGAAACAUUUUACAAACAAUGUUUGCAACAAAAGCCAAUGUGAUUGUUGCAUAUGGGGAUAUUUUUUCCAUGCAUGGUUUACAGAUGGUGUUACACACAUAUGAAGUAAUGACAAAGAAAAGUAUAGAGAAGAUUUGGAUCACAACAGCCCAGUGGGACUUAUCUUCACGGACUGUUCGAGGAGAUUGGAAUGCCAGAUUUUUCCAUGGUUCCUUGUCUAUAACAAACCACAGAAAUGAUAUACCAGGAUUUCGGAGGUUCCUGCAGGCAUUUAAACUUUAUCAGUUCCCAACCAUUUUAAUGCAAUGGUUCUGGAAUACUGUAUUUUGCUGUAAAUGCCCAAAUUCUCGUACCCCUACCAUAAACAUAAGAACAUGUACAGGAGAGGAAAAGCUGGAGAGUCUUGCUGAGGAUGUGUUUGAAUUGCACAUGUCUGGCCAGAGCUACAGCAUCUACAAUGCAAUCUAUGCCAUUGCACAUGCUUUGCAUGCUAUUGAUUUGUUCAGAUACAGUACAAUUUUAAGAAAUCUCAAGGUGGACCUUCAUACAAAACAGCCCUGGGAGCUCCACCCAUUUUUGCAAAAACUACAUUUCAACAACAGUAUUGGGGAGGAGGUAUAUUUCAAUGAAGACCAGGAAUUGUCUAUGGGAUAUGACAUUGUAAACUGGGUCAGUUUCCCUAAUAAGUCCUUCAUGCCACUGAGAGUUGGAAUGACAUUGCCCCAUUCCUUGUGCACAGAGAGAUGCCAUCCUGGAAACAGCAGGAAAGUCCAUGAAGGAGAAACUUCAUCUUGCUGCUAUGAUUGUUCCCAGUGCCCAGGAGGGACAAUUUCAAACCAGACUGAUGCGUAUCAAUGUGUCAUGUGCCCAGAAGAUGAGCAUCCAAAUGAGAAUCAAAACAGAUGUAUCCCUAAAGUCAUAACUUUUCUUGCCUAUGAUGAACCAUUAGGAAUUAGCUUGGCUUCAGUUUCUCUCUCCUUUGCCCUACUUACCAUAAUGGUGCUUGGAACCUUUGUUAAAUAUGGAAACACACCCAUUGUCAGAGCCAACAACCAGGAUCUUACCUACUUACUCCUAAUUUCCCUAUUAUUUUGUUUUGUUUGCACCUUCUUGUUCAUUGGACAACCCAGCAAGGUGACCUGCUUUAUUCGACAGGCUGCUUUUGGCAUCAUCUUUUCUUUUGCACUUUCUUGUGUGUUGGCCAAAACCAUCACAGUGGUUCUGGCAUUCAUGGCCACAAGCCCAGGAAACACAAUAAGGAAAUGGUUGAGGAAAAGUCUGGCCAGUUAUAUUAUCCUUAUUGGCUCUCUUAUUCAGGUUGGCAUCUGUACGGUCUGGCUCAGUACUACUUCCCCAUUCCCAGCCCUUAACAAGUUCGCAGAGUCUGGAGAGAUCAUUGUGGAAUGCAAUGAGGGCUCAAGUACCAUGUUUUACAUUGUUUUUGGUUACAUGGGCUUUCAGGCCAGUGUUAGCUUCAUGGUGGCCUUCCUAGCCAGGAAGCUGCCUGACACUUUCAAUGAGGCCAAGUUCAUCACCUUCAGCAUGCUGGUGUUCUGCAGUGUCUGGGUCUCCUUUCUUCCAACCUACCUGAGCACCAAGGGGAAACACAUGGUGGCUGUGGAAAUCUUCUCUAUUUUGGCUUCCAGCUCUGGGUUGCUAAGUUUCAUUUUUGCUCCAAAAAUGUACAUUAUUUUGCUGAGGCCAAAAAUGAACACCAAGGAACACUUCUUAAAGAAAAAAAUAAUUAUAUAA